AUGACAGAUCCGAAUCGCCUCAAGGCCUCGCCUUGGCCACAGGCCCUGCUGGCCGUCGAAGAGCGGCGGGCGUCUGCUGCGCCCAGGAGCACUAUCCUGCACAAUGUGGUGCUCAACUCCUGUGCCAAAGCCCAAAAGUGGCGACACUGUCUGCAGCUGCAACACGAAAACGGCUUCGGCAACCUUGUGAGCCAGUCGACAGUCAUUGCCGCCGAGGCACAGGUCAACAGGUGGUGCAAUGCCCUUGAGCGACUGGCGCCUGCAUGA